AUGGAGUGGACGCUUCUGGUGAAUAAAAUAGAAGCCUCAAUUGUGGAGACUCUAAAUAGUAGAACUUCGAAAUUUCCUAGUAAUUUCUCAAAGACGACCUACAGGGAUGAAAAGAUGAGGGGGCAUUGGUUUGGUUUGAAGAUCCCUCCCUUUGUUGGAAAUGGCAACUCUAACAAACAGGAGCUGAGAAAGGCUGCCAAGUGGAGUGCCCCAAAAAGGGGUUGGGUCAAACUAAACUUUGAUGGAGCCUCCCGUGGGAACCCAGGCCCUGCAGGUAUUGGAUGUUGUUUGCAUGAUGAGGGUGGAAGGGAAUUAGCCAGGAUAGCCAAACCUAUAGUGUUUGAAUCCAAUUAUAAAGCUAAAAUAUUAGCCCUAAUUGAAGGUCUCCAUCUUUGUCAAAAUAGGGGUAUUCACAAUCUGGCCAUUGAAGGAGAUUCGACCAUUAUUAUCAAUGGCCUUAGAAAAGGCUCUCUACCUGAUUGGAAGUUGAAUGCGCUCUUGUCUAGAGCUCUAGGUCUCCUCGGAGAUUUCAAGAAAAUGACCUUCAACCACAUCUAUAGAGAGGGAAACUCCAGGGCAGAUGCAUUAGCUAAUGUAGGAGCUGAUGAGCAGUUCAUUAGUUAG